AAUACCUGUUAGUGCCAAUGAGUUUAAAUAUUAACCACAUGGUUACGUUAGUUUAUUGAUACAAAGACAAAGUACAUGACUUAAAUGGCUUUUAAUCGUGGUGGACAUAAUAAUAGAGGUGGAUUUAGAGGUCGUGGCGGAAGUGGCGGCGGUCGCGGUGGAAAUGCUGGACGCGGUGGCAAUGGCGGUGGACGUGGUGGAGGUGGUGGUUUUCGCCGUGGCGGGUAUGGAGGUUUUGGGGAUCGCGGUAUGACUGGUCCUCCGUCUCAAGUUAUACCUUUGGGUCAUUUUAUGUAUCCGUGCCAGGAUGACAUAAUUUGUAAAGUUGAUAUUGAUGAUGUACCUUAUUUUAAUGCUCCAGUUUAUUUAGAAAAUAAAGAGCAAAUUGGUAAGAUUGACGAGAUAUUUGGAACUAUUAGAGAUUAUUCCGUAUCUGUAAAAUUGUCUGAUAACAUGAAUGCGAAUAGUUUUGAACGAAAUCUGAAGCUUUUUAUUGAUCCUGGUAAAUUAUUGCCAAUAUCGAGAUUUUUAACCAAUUCGUCACAAGCUAAAUCAAAAAAGAAGGGUGUUUCUGGAGGUACACCAGGUGGACGUGGAGGCUUUAGUAACAACCGAAAUGGUCGGCCUAGCUUUUCAGGAGGACGAGGUGGUGGAAAUUUCCGUGGUGGUGGUGGUGGUGGUGGCGGCUUCAAUAAAUUUCGCGGAAAUUCAAAUAGGAAUAAAAUGUCUCGAGGCAGAAACUAACAUAAGGAGUAUAUCAAAUCUGAUAAAGAAGCAGCAUAUUAACUGUAGUCUACCGUGCAUAAAAUCCUAUAAAUUAGAAAUAAUUUUAAAUUUUAAGAUGGAAGUUCUUUUGUUUUGAUUGUAAUAGU